GUGUGUGUAUACCAAAUUUUUUUCUUGAAUCACCUGAAUAUACAAAUUGAAAAAGUAUCAAAAUGGUUGCAUACUACGACGAAUGCGACGCUGCAGAAAAUCCCAAAACAUUAACAGAUUGGGUGCGUAAUUUUCGUUUAAAACGCGUCCAAAUGCGUCGCAAAUUAAGAGGUGCUGGCAGCGACCUGCGCGUGAACGCCAUUUUGUCUACGGCUCUACUCCACGCCGAGCACGAACUGCGUAGAAAGCAGCAGGAAAGAUUUAGUCGCUGGCUAGAUAUCCAAACCAAGUUUGUGCCACAUGGUAAAACGCAUUGUGGUAGUGACGCUGAAGCUGAAGCCAAUGCCAAAAUAGGGGCAGAAGCAGAAGAGUGCGAACGACGCGAAAUCGAAAAUAAUUUGUGGAGGGGUGAGCUAAGUGGCCUCGACAAUUUUAUGCGCAGCCUUAGUAGCACCAGCCACAACGCCAGCAACAACGGAACCCGUAGCAGCAGCUACAUGAAAAACAACAACCAACACAACUGCGCUGCCAUUGCCGUGAGCAGUUAGAAAGAGACAAAUAUAGUCGGCCAUGUUUUGUGUGUAUACAUGAAAUGGAAGAGGAGAACAGCACCAUGUUCGAGAUUCAUCUGUCGAAAUAUUUUUUCCUCUGUCGCUUUAGAUAUAUUUGUUCAUUUGUUAAAUUAGUUUUAUUACGACAACCCAAUUUCUCAU